UCAAACAACUCAUUAUCUAAUUAUAAUUGAUUUUGUUUUUUUGUUUCUGCUGUUUUGGGCGCGUAUCUCGACAGUUUUGCAAUCUGUUGUUGUUGCGUAGCUGCUGAGUCUCUUGCAAACUCACUAUGUUCUUGUGAAAUAUUUAAUGGCAAAUAAAAAAAUAUGUUUUCUUAGUUAUUUCGAUGCGUUUCUGGUGUAAUGUUGUUUCGUGUAGAGUAUUUGGUGUGCCUCGUUUCGCUUAUUGCGUGGUCCUCGGCGCAAAUAUUAAAUUUCCAAUGCGGCCAAACGACACGUCUUAAACGAAUUGUUAUACGCAGCCCUGCACAACAAUUUUCCACAUCUACAUGCCAAUAUACGAUUCGACGUCAGAGCAACCAUGUUUGCCAAUUACUCAUACGUUUUCAACAUUUUGAGUUGCAACAGCCGACAACGGACUCCAUUACGAAUACCUUAAGCUGUACGGAUUCCUUCACAGUCGGACGGUUUACGCUGUGCGGAGACAAUAGUGGUCAACACAUUUAUAUACCAUUUGUAGGGGAAUCAGCGGCACUAAACUUUAAUUUACCUUCGCGUUCGUCGCAAUCAAAUUGGCAUUUGAUUGUCGAGCAGCUCGAGUGUCCACCAGCGCCGAGUCAUUUAGCCGACACCUUACCACCGCUUAUUGGCGGUAUGGUCAAAGAUCUACUAGACUUGCGCAAUGUCUUCUCAAAAUUCAUCAGUGAUAUAGAUUUGCUGGCGCCAGCUGGUUGUGAUCAAUAUUAUACUGAGCCGUCGGGUCAAAUUAAGAGCUUCAAUUAUCGUGAUGGCAUCAAUACACACUAUAUGACCAAUCUGAAGUAUACGAUAUGUAUUAAACAAACAAUGACGGCAAAUUUGGUCGAAUACAUCGUGAACAAAUUUUCAUUGUCUUCCGAGUUGGCGACCGAAUUUUACAACGAGGCCUGUCGUCCUUUCAUAUUCACCGAGGGGCGUCAAAGCGAUUAUCUUAUGAUACUGAAUUCGCACUUUGCGGACAACGCCGCCAUUCAACCGACAUAUUUUUGCGGUCAAGGCCUUACGGCGGGUCAAGUUGUGAUUGGUUCCAGACCAUUUAUUAUGCACUUCUCCAGCGAUGAGCAAUGGCAUUCGGAAGAAACAGGAUUCAGCAUUGAAUACCGCACUAAAGCAGCCGCUUAGAAUUAAAAGCUGAUCAUCAAUAUAAAUUUCAAAAUAUGUGUUUUGGAAGAGAGUAUAUGAAAUCGUUCUUAAAAAAUAUAUAGAAUUUCGCAGUCAACAAAA